UAUGAGGCAAUGGUAAAUAGCAACAAGAGUCGAUGCUGCUGGUAAACAUCACAGAUUCUCAGAACUACACUUUCCCUUCUUUUUCAGAUUACACAAGUUCAGCGCCAUCAAAUUUUUUCUGUGUAUGCAAUAAAGUAUUGAGCUUUCAAUUGUUUUGAUCCAAGUCUACUGCUUCUAUACUGAUUCCUUAUUGCAUUACAAUUUCCCAAUAACCUUACUGAUACUCAUUACCCACUUCCAUUUUGGACAUUUGAGCCCCAAGUUCAUAGUUUUAGCAAAAGUCAUUAAUUUGCAGCAUCAGUGGAUUCCAUGGUUGUAGUGGUUUUGAUAUGAAAGCUAGACUUGUUUCUGUAUUCAAGCGCUGCACAGUGUUGCCUGCGUCGCGAAAUUGCUCUCCUUUGCCCAGUAUUGUUCUCCCAUUUGGUUUAAGUUUAGUGCACACCACCUGUUCGACAGCUUGCCUCACUCAGGAAGAAACUGUAGGGGAGGACAUUUUUGACCAAGCAAAGACAUCUGCAGAGGUUCUGGAGAAAUGGGGUUGUUGUGAUACUGACAUAUCGAAGCUGUUUGAGCGCCGGCCUGCUUUGAGGAACGCUGACAUUAACCAGCUUCAGUUCAAGUUAAAUCUUCUUGGUGAAUUGGGUGUUACUGCACCUGAUCUUGUGAAGAUCAUCAACUGUCGCCCCCGGUUAUUCAGUCUUCGUAUUGAUCGUUGCUUUGAUGAGCGGCAUGAGUUCUUUAUGAAAUUGUUUGGGUCUAGGGAACUGCUUGUCAAAGCCAUUGUAAGGAACCCAUCACUCUUGCUGUAUGACUUGCAUAAUAAGAUCAAGCCGACUGUUGCUCUAUAUGAGGGAAUGGGGCUAAGCCGAGAGGAGUUGGUCCCAAUGCUUCUGUCGCGGCCGACUUUGAUCCCAAGAAGUACAUUUAAUGAUGAGAAGAUGGAGUAUAUACGGAAAACUGGACUUUCAAAUAAGUCCAGGAUGUACAAGUAUGUUGUAACACUUGUUGGCGUUUCACGCCUUGAAAGUAUCAGUGAGAGGGUGGCAAAUUUUGAAAAGUUUGGUUUCUCAGAAGAUGAGAUUUUCAGCCUUAUGGGAAGGUCUCCCUUACUGUUUUUUCUUUCAGUUGAUAAGGUCCAGAGAAACAUGACUUUUGUGUUAGGACAUAUGAAACUACCUGCUACUGUGAUUCUUGCGCACCCGUUUUUGCUGUACAUGAAUCUGGAGGCUGUUUUGAAGCCACGAGUAUAUCUUGCAGGAAAGAUUGAGGAUAUGGGGCUUGCUGAGCAAAUUAAAGGACCUAGGUUGCUGACAGCAUUGAGAAUGACAGAGAAGAGAUUUGUGAAGGCAUUCAUUAAUUUUCAUCCGAAGGAUGUUGCAGAUGAAUUGAUGGAGUUCUAUACAAAAGCAAAGGGUGUGAAGCGAUUGGCAGAAGCCUCAAAGAAGAAAUCGUUUGAAGGAUUUCCAUACUAAAAUUUUGUCCAUCAGGUUUUCUUCUUUUUUACCUCGAUCAAAGUGUGUUAUUUUGUUAUUCUACUUGUCUAUAUCAUUGUUAUACAUUUCCCCAGCAUUGUGCUCAAGCGGAUACCUUAGUUUUAUUUUGGA